AUGAAGGACUCUUGGUUUUUCGACAAGAAUUUUAAUGGAUUGUCGGAUGAGAUUUUCGAUGAGUUUUGUUUUUUCGAUUUUCCGUUAGAAGAUGUCGAGACUAAUCCUGUUGAAGAAGAUUGGAGUGCUCAAUUUCAAAGCAUUGAUGAGCCAUAUUUUGAUGCUUUUUCAGUGACACCAGUGGGAUCGUGUGGCAAAACCAAAAAUGAAAAUCCUCAAUUUGGGAAUGGCUUCUCUGCUGCUCCUCGUAAUGAAAUGUCCUCAAUAAAAGAAGUAGCAAAGACUAUUGAACCAAUAUAUGGAAAAACUAUUCCCAACCAGGAUGCUUCUUUCUAUGAGAAAAAAGCCAUGCGUCAAUACAGUCCUGUUUCUGUUUUCGAAGGCAGUAGUGGUGCUUCCUCAGUUGAGAAUUCCACCUUUGACCUGCCCGUCUUCCCAGUAAAGCGUGCUCGAAGUAAACGCCGGCGUCCCUCAAAGUCAAAUCCUGUAUUGUCAUUUUCUUUCAAACCUAAUUCCCUGACAUUGCAAAAACAUUAUAAAACACCUGUCUCUAAGAAACAGAGAAAAAAGGACGACUGCGUGCUCUCAGGUGAUGCUGAGUCGGGAUCUCAAGAGUCAGUUAUCUUCAGAAAAUGCACGCAUUGCGAGAUCACAAAGACUCCUCAAUGGAGAGAGGGACCUAAUGGUCCCAAAACGCUGUGCAAUGCUUGUGGCGUUCGGUACAGGUCUGGCCGCCUCUAUCCUGAAUACCGUCCUGCAAACAGCCCCACUUUUGUAGAAUCAGUUCACUCAAACUGUCACAAGAAAGUUCUGGAGAUGCGAGGAGGCGGUGUCAUCAAAGGAGGUGCUAGAAGCUGUUCUACGUCGCUGCCAUCAACUCUUCCCGGAAACUCGGUAGGACAGCAUUAUCAUGGAACUUAUUGA